UCUACUUCCAGCGCUGGAUCAGGAGGAAGCAGGGGAGGAUCAUCGUCAAACUCGGCUUCAACGCUACUGUCCACUUUGAUCCCCGUCGCGUUGCAAGCUGCAGUCUUUGUUGGCCUGUUUCUCUUCUUCAGACCCAAGCUUCAGCGUGUCUAUCAACCGCGAACAUACCUAGAAUCGCUUCGGGAUGACGAAAAGUCCAGAGAACUGCCUACAGGGAGGUUCAAUUGGAUCAAACCCUUUCGUCAAGUCCCCGAUGAAUAUGUUCUCAACCACGGAUCGCUCGAUGGCUAUCUCUACAUGCGCUUCUUCAAGAUGUUAACCAUCAUUAGUUUCAUUGGGUGCUGCGUCACUUGGCCAGUUCUGUUCCCUGUCAAUGCGACUGGCGGUGGUGGAAAGAAGCAACUCGAUCUGCUAUCAUUUGCCAACAUCACCAAAGCAGGCAAGAAUCGCUAUUAUGCACAUGUCUUCAUUGGUUGGAUAUUCUUCAGUAUCGUCAUGUACAUUAUCACUCGUGAGACUAUCUACUUUAUUAACCUGCGCCAUGCCUACCUUCUCGCUCCUUUCAAUGCAGCCAAGAUAUCUUCGAGAACCGUUCUUUUCACCGACGUACCAACCGAAUACAUGAACCAGGAGAAGCUGCUGGCACUUUUUGGUACCUCAAUGAGACGAGCCUGGCUAGCAACAGACUGCAAAGACCUCACGGAAAAAGUCGAAGAGCGAGACAAGGAUGCCUUCAAGUUGGAAGGAGCUGAAAUCAAGCUCUCUCAAACAGCCAACAAGCGAAGAUUAAAGUGGGAGAAGAAGAACGAUAAGAGGAAAGAUGAACCUGCGGCCGAUGCAGAAGCUGCACUCCCUGGAUCCAAAUAUCAGAAACCGGGCGACCGUCCAACCCACCGCCUUGGAAAGAUUCCUCUAAUUGGCAAAAAGGUUGAUACGAUCAAUUGGACUAGAGAUGAGUUGAGAAGACUCCAUCCCGAAGUCCAGGAAGACCAACUCGCCCAUCAACAAAGAGAUGCAAAGGUUCUCAACGCAACAUUCGUCGAAUUCACUACCCAGAAAGCUGCAGAGACUGCCUACAGAAGAAUGAGUCCUCGUAAGGCUCCACGCAUGAACCCAAGGGCCAUCUCUGCAACACCUAAUGAGAUCGUCUGGAGUAAUCUUCGUAUCAAAAAAACCGAGCGAACUGGGAGAAAGUUUGCCUGCAAUUCAUUCCUUACCCUCAUGAUCCUCUUCUGGGCUAUUCCUGUUGCUGUUGUUGGUUCGAUAAGUAAUAUCAAUGCUUUAACUGAUAAGGUUCACUUUCUAUCAUUCAUCGACAACUGCCCUACUGUCAUACUUGGUCUUAUUACCGGAUUGCUCCCAGUUAUCCUAUUGUCAGUUUUGAUGGCAUUAGUUCCCAUAGUUUGUCGAUGGAUGGCGAAAUUGAAAGGCGAAGUCACUCUCCCAGAUGUCGAAUUGAGCACUCAGAAUUGGUACAUGGCGUUCCAAGUUGUCCAAGUUUUCCUCGUCUCAACGUUUGCCUCAGGGGCAGCAGCAGUUGUUACUCAAAUUAUCGACAAGCCCUCGUCAGCAACAACCCUCCUAGCUCAGAAUUUGCCUCUGGCAUCCAACUAUUUUAUUGCAUAUUUCAUUCUGCAGGGCUUGGGGAUUGCGGCUGGCAAUCUACUCAAUAUCGGCGCACUGGUCGUGAUGACCGUCGUUGCCAAGUUCCUCGACAAGUCACCUCGAAAGAUGUUCAAGCGCUACAUGACCCUCGGUGGACUUGGAUGGGGAUCAUUAUACCCAAAGUUUGGCAACAUGGGAAUCAUUGCCAUCACCUACUCCAUCAUCUCCCCACUUCUCCUCGGAUUCGCUACUAUUGGGUUCGCGCUCAUCUACCUGGCCGUUCGAUACAAUGCCUUCUUCGUGCUCAGCAAUAAUAUUGACACCAAAGGCCGCGCCUACGCUCUCGUUCUACAGCAACUAAUGGUCGGUGUCUACCUUGGUGAAAUCUGCCUCAUUGGCCUCUUCGCUAUCAACACUGCUCCAGGCCCCAUUGUUCUUAUGGCUAUCUUCCUUGCCUUCACAGCCAUUUACCAUGCAGCCUUGAAUCAUGCCCUGAAUCCGUUGAAAGAGUAUCUUCCAGAUAGUCUUGAUGGUGAUGACCAACUUGCCAUGUUUACUACUACGGAUCACAAAUCAUAUGAUUCCUCGAAGCAGGGCGUUCCACCCAGUGAAGCGGAAACCACAGCACCCAAGAAAUUCCACGCCAAGAAAGCAGAUUUCCUCGGCCGAAUUUUCGACCCUCGCAAGUUCAAGAGCCAUCAAGCUGUCAAGUCGCUCGUGCCAGAUUGGCUUCCCCCGCAGUAUGAAGAUAAGGAUGAAGAGUUGGCGUAUUUCAACCCCGCAAUCACAAGUCCAAUGCCUGAACUAUGGAUCGUGAGAGACGAGAUGGGAAUCAGUGCACGCGAGGUCAAGGAUUCGAGUGAGGUGGUUGGUAUUACCGAUGAUCUAGCGCGGUUUGAUGAAAAGAAUAAGGUUGUGUGGGAUCGGGAACAUCCAGCGGAUGCGCCUAUUUGGGAGAAGAAGAUCGAUUAUUGA